AUGCUACGGAUUUGGGCCCUGUUCUUUUUUCUUCAGUUAGUGGCAUCAUCGUCAUUAUCUUCCUCUUCGAACCAUACAAAUGCGCCUCAACGAUUUACUAUUCAGUUUUCUUCGUCACCUGACAACAUAACGGCUGUCAAAGAAGAGCAAGAUGCAUUCAUCAACUAUAUGCAUGAGAUAGGUGUGAAUUUUACGGUGCGUUAUCGCUUUCAAAAUGUCAUCAAUGCCAUGUCGAUUGUUAUCAUGCCAGCAACGACUACGAUCACAAGCAAUAGUACAUCGGCACCCAUCACACCCAAUCCAUACGAUUUCAAACCUUCCAUGUUUUUGUCUCACAGUCGCGAGAGGUUACCUUUUGUACAUCGCUAUUGGGCCGGCAAAAAAUAUUCGAGACCGAGAACGAUCAAGGCCGACUCUCUCACUUACAACGGCAAGGCCAAUCUCGAUAUUGCCCACUCCAUGACCGGUGUAGCAACGAUGAAAAACAAGGGCUGGUAUGGGAAAGGCAUUAAGAUUGGUAUCCUGGAUACAGGCGUCGAUUAUAUGCAUCCAGCACUAGGUGGAUGCUUCGGGCCAGGUUGUCUGAUCGAGCAAGGUUAUGAUCUCGUUGGCGACGAUUAUGGCAAUAGUGACGUGGCUCAACCUGAUGAUGAUCCCAGAGACGUGUGUGACGGUCACGGCUCCCACGUCGCUGGUAUUUUAGCUGCCAACGAUACUAUACAACAAUUUGAAGGCGUGGCGCCUCGUUCCAAAUUGGGUGUGUGGCGAAUUUUUGGGUGCGAUGGCGAAACAGAUGAUGACAUUAUCCUUGAAGCAGCGGAAAGAGCCGUCGUAGCUGGGAUGAACAUUAUCAAUCUCUCGUUAGGUGGCGGUGAAAGUGCUUGGGAGGAGGAUGCUUUAGCGGUGGCUUUAUCCAACAUUGUUGAUCGUGGCGUCAUGGUCGUAGUCGCGCAAGGAAAUGAAGGCCGUGAUGGUAUUGCAAGGACGCCUUCUCCAUCCAUUGGCCAUCAUAUUAUAUCGGUUGCCUCGGUGGAUAUCAAUGAACGAUGGGUACGCCGAUUUCAUGUGGUCCACAACGGAUCGGCUGUUGAUACCUUGAAUUAUUCCGUUGGCGGAAACAAAUUGCUCCGUUUCCCGGUGGGGCCAAACGUUGGCAUAACCCUUGUCAAGGAGACCGCUUGUCGACCCUUAUUGAGAAGCUUGCGAGGUCUUAUUGCCAGCGUGGAAGAAGGCCUGUGCAGUGCUUCAGUCAAAGCUCGCAAUAUACAAGCAGCAGGAGCAGAAGGGAUUAUUUUUCUUCACAGCAGCGAAUCCAAGAAAAAAUAUGCAAAAUUGGAAGCGAGUCCACAGAUCCACAUCCCUGUUAUAACUCUUAACACUGGAAGCAGUCUGUCGUUGCUGCAUGCAUUGCAGCAUAAUGUGUCACUGAAAGCACGAUUUGAUGAAGAAAAGGUGCAUAUCAAGACCGCAGGCCAGCCCUCUUUAUUCUCCACGUUUGGUCCCGAUGCAGAGCUGCACCUCAAACCCGAUAUAGCGGCGGUUGGGGGAUACAUUUAUUCCACUUAUCCGUUAUCGAUGGGUGGAUACACAACAAUGAGUGGCACGAGCAUGGCUACGCCUUAUCUUGCUGGAUGUCUGGCCCUAUAUAUGGAAGCUACGAAGCAACAUGAUCCGCGAAGAAUCACGGCAGCCAUAUUAAAUCAUGCGCGCCCUAUUAAUGGACGAAAACACAAUCAUACAGAGACGCCCAUUCGUCAAGGAGCAGGCUUGGUGCAACUUUACGAUUCUGUCCAGAGUCGCAGUUUGAUUCUUCCAGCAAAGCUGGCUCUGAAUGACACUCGCCAUUUUAGGAACAAUCGAACUCUCCUCAUUGAAAACCAAUCGAUAUACCCACAAUUAUACCGCUUGUCUCAUAUCCCAACAAUGGGCGUUUAUGGCUACGAUUUCAAGGAAAGCUCAGUGCCUUUGGAAAGCCCUCAUUACAAAGCCGCCAAUGCCACGGUGAAAUUUGAGAAAAACACGUUUUUUCUGGGCGGACGGCAAAAAGCCACGGUGCAAAUUCAAUUUGAGCAACCGAAUAUUACAGAUCUUCCCCACUUUCUUUAUGGAGGGUUUGUGAAAAUCCACGUUUUCGGUAGAAACCACACGAGAGAUGUGAUUCACAUACCAUACUUUGGCUCAACAGGCAAUCAAUUCAAUCUACCGCUAUUUGAUACAAUGCAAGGAUAUCCGUACAUAGGCGGUCCGAAAGGCACGCGGUUAACGAGAAAGAGAUUGAUGUACGACUUUUCAAGAGGAGAUCUCGUCCACAUUUUUAGCCGUCUGGGUAGUCCUACAGCUCAAGUGAAAGCCGAACUUUUAGAUCAGCAUCGGAGACCAUUGGGGGAGCUACUGCAUACCAAAGAAGUAUGGGUUCCACGGAACGAUCACAGUGAAGAAAACUAUGAGUUCACCUAUCACUGGGACGGUCGAUAUGCUCCUUACGAAAAUCAGAAUAUACGUCAACAUAUUCAUGGCGGGCAGAUCAUUCAACGAGCGAGUAAAGGUAUCUACUAUAUUAAACUGUAUGCCUUGAAAAUUUUUGGCGAUCCCACCAAUCCAAAUGACUGGGAAACCUGGCAAUCUCCCAGAGUGUUUGUCAAAUCAUAA